GGUGAUGACGUACCGCCUAUAUUUGCAUCGGGAACAUUGAAGGUGAGACAUCGAUCAAAUCUGAAUUUAUCACAUCAAGAGUGUUCUUGGUGAUACCACGUCUCUUGCAGCGUUGAUUUCGAAGUAGCCGAGGUGCUCACAGUAGAUGAUACAGGAUACGGCUUCCGUUAAUGCAGUCCCGAAUGUUACCUCCAGUCUCAUGUUUUCUUGCUUGAGCAAGAGAUCAUGUCGGACGAUGAGAGAUGUCGCGUCGCAAAGAAAGCCAAAGUAGAUGCACUCCAUCCAUGUGAUGAACUCAAGCGAAUCGCAAAAGAACUUGAUUGUGAAAUGACAGAAAAAGAAUUUGCAAAACAUAUGGACAACAUUGACCCCCUUCAGAGUCUACGGCAGGACUUCUACUACCCCAAAAUGAAGGAGGUACUUGGAACGGACCUGAGCUUGGUAGACCCUGACGAGGACUGUGUAUAUUUCUGUGGGAACUCUUUAGGUCUUUGUCCAAAAAACACCAAAAAGUACAUGGAUGUGGAACUCAACAAAUGGGCAAAAAUUGGUGUCCAGGGCCAUCUCCAGGGUGAGGGUAUGCCUUGGGCCAAGUGUGACGAGUGCUUAGACGCUGACAUGGCCAAACUUGUAGGAGGUAGACCAGGUGAGGUGGCCAUUAUGAACGGACUUACUGUCAACUUACACCUCUUACUGAUAUCUUUUUACCGCCCGACAGCAAAGCGACACAAGAUUAUGUGCGAGAGUAAAGCAUUUCCAUCCGAUCACUAUACAUUCCAAAGUCAGAUAAAACUACAUGGAUUUGAUCCAGAAACAAGUUUACUUUGUGUGGAACCAAGGAAGGGCGAGAUGACACUGAGGUCAGAGGACAUCCUGGCGAAAAUAGAAGAGGAAGGCGAGUCUAUUGCUGUUAUAUGUUUUAGUGGAGUGCAGUACUACACAGGACAAGUGAUGGAUAUGCCGACGAUUACACGUGCUGGCCACGCCAAGGGGUGUUACGUGGGGUUUGAUUUGGCCCAUGCUGCUGGUAAUGUGCCUCUAUACCUACAUGAUUGGGAUAUUGACUUCGCCUGUUGGUGUACCUAUAAGUAUAUCAACUCCAGUGCUGGCUGUCUAGCUUGUAUAUUCCUCCAUGACAAACAUAAACACAACGACUUCCCUAAGCUGUUAGGCUGGUGGGGACACAACCCCAACACUAGGUUCAACAUGGACAAUGAGUUGGACCUGUGUCCAGGGGCAUAUGGUUACAGAAUCAGUAAUCCGGCCGGUCUCCUGUGUCCACCACUCAAAGCCAGCCUUGAGAUAUUCAACAAGACUUCUAUGGAGGAAAUACGAGCCAAAUCAAAGUUAUUGACAGCCUACCUGGAAUACUGUAUCGUAGAAAAGUAUGGACAGACCAAUGGGAUAGCAGAAGGGACUCUAGAGCCGAUAGACGGGGACUUUAAACAUGUACAUGUACACAUUUUCACUCCGUCUGAUCCAGAGCAGCGGGGUGCCCAGCUGUCUCUCUCAUUUUCUGUCAACAUUUCUUACGUCUUCAAAGAGCUCGAGAAAAGGGGAGUAAUUUGUGACGAGAGGAAACCGUCAGUGAUCCGAGUGUCCCCGGCCCCUCUGUAUUGUUCAUUCCAAGACGUCCAGCGCUUUAUGGAGUACCUCGACCAGGCCCUAAAAGCUGCUGCUAUCACAGCCGCGUUAGACAAGGAAUAAGUGUGUUAAGGCACAAAAAAUGUUUCUUAAGACAGCUAGAGAAAACAUACAGGAGCGUUACAAUGCAGAUAUUUCCAAUAUUUUUUUCAGCAUCUGCCAAAGUUAGAUUUUCAUGUAUUUUGCACUUCCUGAUUAAAUUUGUUCUUUCAUGAUUUUUUUUGGUGAACUAUGGAUUUUAUCACUUGCAUGUGAUACAAUGAUCAGGUAUGGAGGUAUACAAGUAUGUCAAUCUCUCUGUUAUAUCAAGAUUUAUGUACAAAAAAGGUAUAUUUCCCUAGAAUGCAGCUAUAUCAAAAAUAAAGUGUACAUUCAAAUGAUGGCCUGAUGUUUUACGUGUCAAACUUUAUUUCUAAAUGUUUUUUUCAAGUAGAAUUUAAUGUGAACUUAUGUCAUUAUUAUUUGUAAUUAUAAGUGUAUUAGUGAGAGAGUGAACAUUGAAGAAGUGCUGUCAACUUUCUGUAAGACCCAAGUUAUGGUCAUUUGUAGCAAAGUGUGUCAAAAUAGCUCAUUUGUAUGAAAGUUCAGUAUAGAAUGACAUUUAUGGAAUCCAAUGUUUCAAAUUGAAUAUUUUUCUAUUGUAAAGUGAAAACAUUGAAUUGUAUAAUCUUAUUAUCUUAUUUUCUCUGAAUCCAUGCUUAGCAGUUCUUUUUUCUUUAAUAACAAAAAAAGAAUCACGAAAAUAUCCGUAAUUUGAAUUAGACAUGAUGUGUCAUUAAAAACUUGAAAUGUGUUAUACAUGUAAUCAAGUUCAUAGGGUGAUGAAUCAAAUUAGUCAUGUGACAGCAAGAUUUAACAAAACUGUGAACUUAACUAUUGUAAGCAUAAGCAUUUCCAUAAAAAAAUACUCAACAUAUGUAUGUACUGUACUGAGAAACAGUUGAAUUAAGAUAUCUUAAAAUGUCAGCUCAGAUCUCUGAUUGAUGUCAGCUCAGAUCUCUGAUUGAUGUCAGCUUAGAUCUCUGUUGAUGUCAGCUCAGAUCUCUGUUGAUGUCAGCUUAGAUCUCUGUUUGAUGUCAGCUCAGAUCUCUGUUGAUGUCAGCUCAGAUCUCUGAUUGAUGUCAGCUUAGAUCUCUGUUGAUGUCAGCUCAGAUCUCUGUUGAUGUCAGCUCAGAUCUCUGUUUGAUGUCAGCUCAGAUCUCUGUUGAUGUCAGCUCAGAUCUCUGAUUGAUGUCAGCUUAGAUCUCUGUUGAUGUCAGCUCAGAUCUCUGAUUGAUGUCAGCUUAGAUCUCUGUUGAUGUCAGCUCAGAUCUCUGUUGAUGUCAGCUCAGAUCUCUGUUGAUGUCAGCUCAGAUCUCUGAUUGAUGUCAGCUUAGAUCUCUGUUGAUGUCAGCUCAGAUCUCUGUUGAUGUCAGCUCAGAUCUCUGUUGAUGUCAGCUUAGAGCUAUGUUGAUGUCAGCUCAGAUCUCUGAUUGAUGUCAGCUCAGAUCUCUGAUUGAUGUCAGCUCAGGUCUCUGAUUGAUGUCAGCUCAGAUCUCUGACUGAUGUCAGUUAUGUUGUUAAGGUUAUGUUAAAUCCAGGGAAACAUGCUCAUUUCUAGAACUGUGAGGGUGGGGAAACAGGUUACUUUUGUUAGUUUCCUUAUAAAGUGCAUCUAGAAAUGGAAAUGUUUUCUCUCAUGAAACUUGAUACAAACAACCUACCAAUGUAUUAUUCAGUAUGUAAAGAGUUUGCAUUCUCUAACUAUUAUGUCCCACUAGACAACAUUUUUAUUGAUGUCCUUUUAGAUGACUUAACAGAGUUAUCUAUCUUUUGUACUAACUAUUGAUGACGUCACAAUACUACCUAUUGUUUAUUACGUCACAAUUUCUGCCAAUGUUAAUGAUGUCAUUUAUACAUAUAUAUAUAUAUAUAUGUAGAACAAUUGUAUGUGCCCACGUUUUUAGUACUUCAGGGGUAGAAAUAUCCUAUAAUUUUGUCCUGAAGAAGCCUAUUGUAAUAAUAAUAAUAAUAUACAGCAUUUAUAUAGCGCCCUAUAUGAUUUGUAAAACUACUCUAAGGCGCUU